CCGUCCACCGCCCCCUCCCCCUCCGCUUACGCCACACCCAGCCCAAUCAACUCGCCGCGGACCGCGCCCAUGCCCUCAUCUCCCUGCUCCUCCCAAAAUUGACCACCCAAUCAAUCGGCUCCUAGUCCUCACCCCCGACCCGUUCCCAUGGAUCGCACCACCUCCAACAACAGCAGCAGUGCCAGUAGCACCACCUCCGCCGGCAGCCAGAACCCGCACCUCGGCGUCAACAAGCUCGGCCGCUCCAUCCGCAAGGCCACGCCGCCGCCGCCCCCGCAGCCACAGCCCGCCGCAAACCGCCCUCCCCAGCCCCAGCCGCAGGUCUACAACAUCAGCAAGAACCAGUUCCGCGACAUCGUCCAGCAGCUCACCGCCGGUACCCCGUCCCCACCGCCGCCGCAGCACCACCACCAGCUCGCCCACCGCCCGCCGCAGCCGCAGCCCAAGACACCCUCCAUGCGCCUCCAGAGGAUCCGCCCGCCCCCCAUCGCAACCCCCGUCGCCCGGCCCCCGCCCGUCCAUCCCAACCACCACGCCGUCCCCCACAACCCUAACCACAACUACCCCGUCUUCCACCGUCCGCCGCCGCCGCAGCCCCAAGCACAGCACAUGCCCGCUCCCGGCCCUGCCUGGGCUGAUUCCCCAGUCUCAGCGUACAUGCGCAUCCUCGAGAACUCCCUCUUCAGCGCCACCCCACCGGGAGCCGCUGCCGCGGCGGCGGCGGCUGCAGCUGCAGCUGCGGGACAGCUGCCACACCCUCACCACCAGCCUUCACAUCCUCAUCCCCCGCCUGUACCGUCGCCUGGGAUACUCCCUUCCCCAAGCAGCUUCCUCAACCUGCUCUCGCCCACGCCCAGGUCACCUUAUCCGCUACUCUCGCCAGGGUUUCAGCACCCGCCGCCGCUCACGCCGAACUUCCCCGCGCUGUCUCCGUUGGCGGGGACCGGCAUCCUUGGCCCAGGACCCAUGCCGCCGCCGCCGUCGCCGGGUCUCUGGUUCCCGCAGUCGCCGUCUGGGCUCCUUUCUCCAUCAGGCUUCUUGCCGAGCCUUAGCCCAAGGUGGAGAGAUAUAUAGCAAGUCUGUGUUUUCCACAGCAGCUGCCCCUCUUGAGCAAGGCGGCCGUGUAACAUUUGACGGUAGGGACGUAGCCACGGUGAGGUCGGUUGGGUCGUCCGCCGGAUUUGGCUGGAGAAACACACAGGUGGGUUGUAACUUUGGACUCCCAUAUUUAUUGCUGCUACUUACUGCUUCUGUGCUGUGGUUGAUUAGUCGGUAUGUAAAAGGAGAUUUGUUAUAUAUUUGUAAUUGUAUAACUGUGAAAUAUUUCAAUUC